AUGACACAAAAGAAUUGUGAGGCAGUAUGUUGUGACAAAGGAAUAUUGAUUGAAGACAAAUGUAGAUGUGAUAUUGGAUCGUUUGGAGAGGACUGUAGUCAAAAUUUGUAAGACAUUUAUAUUGCCCCCUAUUAUACAUUUAUUGGGAUCUAUUGUGUUGCAUUCUUUUUUAUAUUAUUAGUAACUAUUAGAUAAUUUUAAACUUCUUUAAAGACUCAAAGAAUUCCAUCUUAUUAUACGUAAUAUGAUGUAUGAUUAUUUUAGUUUUUUUUAAUAUGCCUACGCUUUGAUUGGAUCUCCUUAGAAUUAUAUCUUAGUCUUAACAAUGGUUUUAUCAAUAUGUAAAUUGAUAUGGCUGAUUCUGGAUCCUUUCGAAAUCUAUGUAAUAUAAUUUACUUAUAAAGUUGAUAGAGUGGGAAUACUACAGUCAUUGAGAGACUGUUAGCAGAAGUGGUAUACACUUUACUAUUUUAUAUUUAUGGUUGUUUAUUAAUCGUUUGGUAUACUAUGUACGAUGAGAUUUCAUAUAAUAUUUAUCAAGGAGAGACAAACAAGCCAAGGAAAUGGAUUUUUACUUACUAUAAGGAAGCAUUAAAGAUUCGAUUAUUUAUUGUGUUUUUGGUUUAGAUAACGGUAAGUACAUUAAAUGGUAAAUUAAUUAAUAAUUUAAGGUUUACGAAGAGGUGUACGAUAUCCAAUAUUUCUGAUGGUUUGUUACAUAUUUUUGAUGGCAAACUUCUUUUUGUUCAUAAUAGAAUUUAUAAUAUACGGAUCAUCAUUGUAAACUUGUAUUAAGGAUUAGAUUAAAAUAUGUAGAUCAUAAUAUAAAAUUUAAUAUCAAGGAAUGGAAAAAGCAAUUUAAUUAUAAAUAUAGAAGGAAGAUAGUCUUAGUAAAUCACCAGAGUCUGUUUUAAGAAUGGCAAAAUAUUCUAGAUAAGGAAGUAUUGAAGAAUAGAAGAAUGAAAUUUAAGAUGAAGUAAAAUAGAUGGAUGAACCAAAAUUAAAGUUAGGUUAAACAAAAAUAAAAUCUGUAUCAUUUGCACGUACAUUUGUAAAAGGAAUGAGAGGAUCAUCAUUUUUUAGAUAAGAGAGUUUGAAAUAAUUGAAAUCAAAUAAAUCUAAUUAAUAAAAUUAAGAUUUAAAUAGUGAUUAAUCUGCAAAAGACUUAGAUAAUUAAUUUAAAGAAGAACCUACUGAUGAAGAAAUUAAUAGUUGUUGUUUAAAUGAGAAUUAAUCUAAUUCAAUGAAAUGGGAAAAUGAAGAAGAUAGAUAAGCUUAUCAAGAAACUGUAAAAAUGUAAAUUAAAGCUGUUAAAGAGACAAAAGAUACUACUGAGAAAAGAAAGGAAUCAAUAAAUUAAUAACAAUAAUAAAAAUUUAUAGAGAGAGGGGAAUAGAAAAAAUUGAGUUAUUUAGGAACUAGUUAAUAAGAUUACAAAACAUCAAUUCAUUAGUAAAAUGAUGAAGAUUAAGAGAAGUUUAAUUUGAAAUCAUCUAAUUUAGCAAUAGAUAGAAAAAUAUUAUUUAAGAUUUAAUUAUUAGUUUACUUUGGAAUAAUAUUGGAAAUUCUAUUUGGAGGAUUAAGUAUAGUUGUUUUGGUUACAGAUUUAAUUCGUGAUCCUAUUGGAGUGUUGGUGUAUUUAUAUGGGUCAUCAACAUUAUAAUUUUUUUCUUUGAUAACAGUGUUAAAAUUAUUUAGAGACAUAAAGAAUUAAGAAAUCAAGAAUUUAAUUUGGAUUUAGAAGGUGGGAAAUCAAAAGAACAAGAUUAAUUAACAAUAUAUGUUUUCAAUUCCUUAGGAUUAAAAGGAGGAUGUAUAGAAACUUAAAUUCUAACAACGAAUUAAUAUGAAUACUUUAUAUUGA